GAACUGUAUUGUAUUUCUCAGUCAUCUCAUGUGACAAUCUUCUUCACAACACCAGGGAAUAAUAUAUCCCAACAUGAACCUCUGUUGCAGUUUACUGCUGCUGUUCGUAGCUGUGACGAGACAGCAGAGCGACGCACAGCUACUGCAACAGAGUGAUGACGAUGAUCCUCCUCAAAGCGUUAAAGAUAAUCCAACACUUGAGCUGACAUCGUCAAGAAACAGUAUAGAGGCUGUGUGGGAUGAAGUGUCAGGAGCGACCUAUUACACCAUCAGCUGGACUUCCGAGGACAACGGUGGGACUGACAAUGUCACUGAUGGUAACAACACGUAUACUAUCACAGGUCUUGUGUCGUGUACUAACUACACUGUCACUCUCCAGCCCUGGACUGAAACAAAUGAAGCCAGUGAACAACAGUCAACAGCAUCAACACUGCAUUUUGAUAAUCAAACACUUGAGCUGACAUCGUCAACAAACAGUAUAGAGGCUGUGUGGGGUGAAGUGUCAGGAGCGACCUAUUACACCAUCAGCUGGAGUCCCGAGGACAACGGUGGGACUCACAAUGUCACUGAUGAUAACAACACGUAUACUAUCACAGGUCUUGUGUCGUGUACUAACUACACUGUCACUCUCCAGCCCUGGUAUGAAGCAGAUGAAGCCGGCCAUGAAGUUCACCAAUCUAUAUCAACACUGACUCACGAUCCUGAGCCAGUCUCGGACAUCAACGUGACUACAGUGAUGAAUCAAUCUUCUCAUCUGGCAGUCAGCUGGCCCGAGGCACAAGGUGCCGGGAACUGCAUCAUUACCUAUAAGAUUACCUGGAGACAAGCUGGUGAAGAUGUAGUUAAUGGAGAACAUCUCACCAGCUUGUUAAGUUACACCAUCACCGACCUCGACGCCUGGACCAGCUACACUGUCUGUGUAGCAGCCAACACUACAGAAGGAGCUUACACUAAUGAUAGCUGCAACAACGGGACCACAGACGAGAGCAAUGAUGAUCCAACACUUGAGCUGACAUCGUCAACAAACAGUAUAGAGGCUGUGUGGGAUGAAGUGUCAGGAGCGACCUAUUACACCAUCAGCUGGAGUCCCGAGGACAACGGUGGGACUGACAAUGUCACUGAUGGUAACAACACGUAUACUAUCACAGGUCUUGUGUCGUGUACUAACUACACUGUCACUCUCCAGCCCUGGUAUGAAGCAGAUGAAGGCGGCCAUGAAGUUCACCAAUCUAUAUCAACACUGACUCACGACCCUCAACCAGUCUCCUACAUCAAGGUGACCACAGUGAUAGAUCAAUCUUCUCAGCUGGCAGUCAGCUGGCCCAAGGCACAAGGUGCCGGGAACUGCAUCAUUACCUAUAAGAUUACCUGGAGACAAGCUGGUGAAGAUGUAGUUAUUGGAGAACAUCUCACCAGCUUGUUAAGUUACACCAUCACCGACCUCGACGCCUGGACCAGCUACACUGUCUGUGUAGCAGCCAACACUACUGAAGGAGCUUACACUAAUGAUAGCUGCAACAACGGGACCACAGACGAGAGCAAUGAUGAUCCAACACUUGAGCUGACAUCGUCAACAAACAGUAUAGAGGCUGUGUGGGAUGAAGUGUCAGGAGCGACCUAUUACACCAUCAGCUGGAGUCCCGAGGACAACGGUGGGACUCACAAUGUCACUGAUGGUAACAACACGUAUACUAUCAUAGGUCUUGUGUCGUGUACUAACUACACUGUCACUCUCCAGCCCUGGAAUGAAGCAGAUGAAGGCGGCCAUGAAGUUCACCAAUCUAUAUCAACACUGACUCACGACCCUCAACCAGUCUCCUACAUCAAGGUGACCACAGUGAUAGAUCAAUCUUCUCAGCUGGCAGUCAGCUGGCCCAAGGCACAAGGUGCCGGGAACUGCAUCAUUACCUAUAAGAUUACCUGGAGACAAGCUGGUGAAGAUGUAGUUAUUGGAGAACAUCUCACCAGCUUGUUAAGUUACACCAUCACCAACCUCGACGCCUGGACCAGCUACACUGUCUGUGUAGCAGCCAACACUACAGAAGAAGCUUACACUAAUGAUAACUGCAACAACGGGACCACAGACGAGAGCAUCCCUGGAGAGGUAUCAAACAUGAUGGUGAAUUCGUUACCUGAGUCAUCACUGAGUGUGUGGUGGAGUCCUCCAGUUAAGCCACAGGGAGUCAUCACCCAAUAUAAAGUAAGCUGGGUCGCCACUGACAGCCCCGGUGGGAGUGUCAUCGUCACCAUCACCAGCUACAACAUCAACAACGUCACACCUUGUACCAACUAUACCGUCACUGUCACGGCUGCCACAAGUAAAGGCUUUGGUGACCCGAGUUCAGGAAGUUGUACAACAGAGAGUGAAGCUCCUCCAGCAUCACCAGUCACCUGUCAUGAAGCAACCUCCGUUUACAGUCUGACUGUCACCUGGAGUAAACCUGACACACGCUGUGUAGUUAGUGACUACAAGGUAAACUACACAGGAGUUGUCCUGUGGUUCGACAACAACAUCAGAAAAUCACCAUCUUCAGACAACACGCCUCAUAUGUUUGACAGCGAUAAGGUGAAGAAACCAUACCGACAAGUUGACUGUGAACUGACUGGAUCAACACCUUGGGUUCCCAAGGACCUCUGUGUCCCCGUCACUAACUACAGUGUCACCUGGGAUAAUACAGACACGCAGGUUCUGGUGAAUUCGGCGAUCACCAGUGAUACACACUUCACCAUUAGUAACCUGGAAGCUUAUACCAACUACAACGUCUGCGUGGUUGCCAUAAAUCCACUACAUUCUGAGCCAAGCUUUCCUGGGAUGCCAGCUCAGUUUAACCAAACGUUUUCAAGCAUAAAGAGCGUGACUGUGUCUUGGGUUCAACCCGAAGAGCUUAAUGGUGAGCUGACAGCCUACCAGCUAGCCUGGCCUGGUCACUUCACCAACCUCACAGCUAACUCCACCACCUACACAAUCUCCGGUCUUCGUCCACAUUCACACUACGAUGUUACUUUGAAGGCAAGUACAGCGGCAGGCUGGGGAGAUGCUGUCCGGAUACAAGUCAAGACUGAGAUGGGCGGUAACACUGGAGUUAUUGUCGGGGGGUUGGUGGGAGGCCUCGCACUGAUGGCUGUCCUAGUCGUUGCUACCGUCUUCGAGGACGAACUGAAGAAGAAAAUGAAGACUGUUAUACCCAAGCAAUGGUACUCGUACAAGUUCCACACACCUUUUUCCGAUUCUCCAUUCCGACGAGUGUACAGGCGUCGCACUCCAGACACAACGAAAACGACCACAGUGACAGAAGCUUAUAAUGAGGACGCAAUGGAAAACCAGCUGCAAGAAGAUAUACAGAACCUGGAGAAGGAAAUCCAGCAGGAGGCUGAGAAGGAUGACCUGUCAUCUUGUAAAGCUGAGAUACUGGAGUCCGAUGUUGACCAACCUACCAAGGAUGAGAGAGUGAUGCUGGGUACGAGAACUUUAUCUUCGAUGAUGAUGACCCACACUACAUCAUCCUCCACUAGUAUGAUUAUGAUGACCCACACUACAUCAUCCUCCACUAGUAUGAUUAUGAUGACCCACACUACAUCAUCCUCCACUAGUAUGAUUAUGAUGACCCACACUACAUCAUCCUCCACUAGUAUGAUUAUGAUGACCCACACUACAUCAUCCUCCACUAGUAUGAUUAUGAUGACCCAGACUACGUCAUCCUCCACUAGUAUGAUUAUGAUGACCCACACUACAUCAUCCUCGACUAGUAUGAUUAUGAUGACCCAGACUACGUCAUCCUCUACUAGUAUGAUUAUGAUGACCCAGACUACGUCAUCCUCUACUAGUAUGAUUAUGAUGACCCACACUACAUCAUCCUCGACUAGCAUGAUUAUGAUGACAUUACGUCAUCCUCGACUAUAUGAUUAUGAUGACAUUACGUCAUCCUCGACUAGUAUGAUUAUGAUGACCCAGACUACGUCAUCCUCUACUAGUAUGAUUAUGAUGACCCAGACUACGUCAUCCUCGACUAGUAUGAUUAUGAUGACCCACACUACGUCAUCCUCUACUAGUAUGAUUAUGAUGACCCAGACUACUUCAUCCUCUACUAGUAUGAUUAUGAUGACCCAGACUACGUCAUCCUCUACUAGUAUGAUUAUGAUGACCCAGACUACUUCAUCCUCUACUAGUAUGAUUAUGAUGACCCACACUACGUCAUCCUCUACUAGUAUGAUUAUGAUGACCCACACUACGUCAUCCUCUACUAGUAUGAUUAUGAUGACCCACACUACGUCAUCCUCUACUAGUAUGAUUAUGAUGACCCAGACUACGUCAUCCUCUACUAGUAUGAUUAUGAUGACCCAGACUACGUCAUCCUCGACUAGUAUGAUUAUGAUGAUCCACACUACGUCAUCAUCCACUAGUAUGAUUAUGAUGACCCACACUACGUCAUCCUCCACUAGUAUGAUUAUGAUGACCCACACUACGUCAUCCUCCACUAGUAUGAUUAUGAUGACAUUACGUCAUCCUCGACUAACUACGUCAUCCUCGACUAGUAUGAUUAUGAUGACCCACACUACGUCAUCCUCGACUAGUAUGAUUAUGAUGAUCCACACUACGUCAUCCUCCACUAGUAUGAUUAUGAUGACCCACACAACGUCAUCCUCGCCUAGUAUGAUUAUGAUGACCCAGACUACGUCAUCCUCUACUAGUAUGAUUAUGAUGACCCAGACUACGUCAUCCUCUACUAGUAUGAUUAUGAUGACCCAGACUACGUCAUCCUCGACUAGUAUGAUUAUGAUGAUCCACACUACGUCAUCCUCCACUAGUAUGAUUAUGAUGACCCACACAACGUCAUCCUCGCCUAGUAUGAUUAUGAUGACCCAGACUACGUCAUCCUCGUCUAGUAUGAUUAUGAUGACCCAGACUACGUCAUCCUCGACUAGUAUGAUUAUGAUGACCCAGACUACGUCAUCCUCGACUAGUAUGAUUAUGAUGACCCACACUACGUCAUCCUCUACUAGUAUGAUUAUGAUGACCCAGACUACGUCAUCCUCGACUAGUAUGAUUAUGAUGACCCAGACUACGUCAUCCUCGACUAGUAUGAUUAUGAUGACCCAGACUACGUCAUCCUCUACUAAUAUGAUUAUGAUGACCCACACUACGUCAUCCUCGACUAGUAUGAUUAUGAUGACCCACACUACGUCAUCCUCUACUAAUAUGAUUAUGAUGACCCACACUACGUCAUCCUCCACUAGUAUGAUUAUGAUGACCCAGACUACGUCAUCCUCCACUAGUAUAAUUAUGAUGACCCACACUACGUCAUCCUCCACUAGUAUAAUUAUGAUGACCCACACUACGUCAUCCUCCACUAGUAUGAUUAUGAUGACCCAGACUACGUCAUCCUCCACUAGUAUGAUUAUGAUGACCCAGACUACGUCAUCCUCCACUAGUAUAAUUAUGAUGACCCAGACUACGUCAUCCUCCACUAGUAUAAUUAUGAUGACCCACACUACGUCAUCCUCCACUAGUAUGAUUAUGAUGACCCAGACUACGUCAUCCUCCACUAGUAUAAUUAUGAUGACCCAGACUACGUCAUCCUCCACUAGUAUGAUUAUGAUGACCCAGACUACGUCAUCCUCCACUAGUAUAAUUAUGAUGACCCACACUACGUCAUCCUCCACUAGUAUGAUUAUGAUGACCCAGACUACGUCAUCCUCCACUAGUAUAAUUAUGAUGACCCAGACUACGUCAUCCUCCACUAGUAUAAUUAUGAUGACCCAGACUACGUCAUCCUCCACUAGUAUGAUUAUGAUGACCCAGACUACGUCAUCCUCCACUAGUAUAAUUAUGAUGACCCAGACUACGUCAUCCUCCACUAGUAUAAUUAUGAUGACCCACACUACGUCAUCCUCCACUAGUAUGAUUAUGAUGACCCAGACUACGUCAUCCUCCACUAUUAUUAUGGUAGAUAAUGGUGUUGCAACUAAACAUAUUACAUUACCUUCGUUGUUUAUGCAUUUUUUCUUCUUCCAGAUCGAUGACGUCUACUAUGUUGAAAUACCUGAAGAUAAUCAAACACUUGAGCUGACAUCGUCAACAAACAGUAUAGAGGCUGUGUGGGGUGAAGUGUCAGGAGCGACCUAUUACACCAUCAGCUGGAGUCCCGAGGACAACGGUGGGACUGACAAUGUCACUGAUGGUAACAACACGUAUACUAUCACAGGUCUUGUGUCGUGUACUAACUACACUGUCACUCUCCAGCCCUGGAAUGAAGCAGAUGAAGUCGGUGACAAACAACAGUCAACAAUAUCAACAAUGACUCAUGCUUCAGACCCGCCUCAGAUGUUGACAGCAGAUGAGGUGGAGGACCAGUCCGACAAGCUGACUGUGAACUGGACAACACCUGAGGCUCCAGGACCUCUGUGUCCCGUCACUAACUACAGUGUCACCUGGGAUAAUACAAACACGCAGGUUCUGGUGGAUUCGGCGAUCACCAGUGAUACACACUUCACCAUUAGUAACCUGGAAGCUUAUACCAACUACAACGUCUGCGUGGUUGCCAUAAAUUCACUAUAUUCUGAGCCAAACUGCACUGUCUCCCAAACCGACCAAGAUAAGCCAGGAGUUCCAGGUAACCUCACGGUAGAUUGCAUAGGUGCUCGGUCUUUAUCGAUAACCUGGAGUUAUCCAGACGAGCCAAGAGGAAUCAUAACUAACUACAUUGUUACCUGGAACACAACAGACGAAGAUAAUGUCACUGAGGCUAUUGUGGAAGCAAAUAUAACAGAGUAUACCGUCAAGGACUUGGAGCCGUGUACUACCUACAACAUCACCCUCCGGGCUGCCACCUGCAAGGGCUAUGGUGACCAGGAAGUCAAUGUAACCACUACUGAUGCUGAAAUUCCAGCGUCACCUCAGUCAGUGUCAUGUCGGAAUGUCACCUCGCCUCGCAACGUCACUGUUUCUUGGCAGAAACCCACGACAAAAUGCGUGGUUCGUGGCUACACUGUCAACUACACAGGAUACGUCCAGUGGUCUGACGAUGUCGAGACAAACACUACAGAAACUGAAGUCGCCUAUGUUGACUUGACAAACUUAACACCUUGGACAAACUACUCCGUGUGUGUUUCUGCAGUCAUCAGUACCUUUAUUAGUCCUGCGAAUUGUUGUUUCGUCACCACUCUCCAGGCAGCUCCUGGGAGACCAGAAAACUUCCAGAAGACGUCGUCCAGCGCUAAGAGCUUAACUGUGUCUUGGAAGGAGCCCAUAGAGCUGAAUGGUGAGCUGACAGGUUACCUGCUGACGUGGGGUGAUGAUUCUGUCAACCUCCCAGCUGACGCCACCAACUACACAAUGUCCAAAUUACAUCGAAAGACAAACUACAAUAUCACUCUACAGGCAAGUACGCUAGCAGGCUGCUGGGGAGAGAUGGCACAGAUACAGGAACCGACUGAGAAUGGUGUGAGUGCUGGAGCUGUGGUGGGGGGUAUUGUGGUCAGCCUUCUACUGCUGGCUGCCAUAGUUAUUCUUGUCAGAAAGAGAGUGUUGGGCAAAGGAGAGGCACCUGGACUACGAGGCCCGAUUCCAGAUUUACCAAUGGCUGCUUCUAAGAGAACUGUUUCCGAUGGUGACAUACAGAAAAGCAACUUACGACAGUAUAUCCAAUACCUGGAGAGUGACACACAGCGAGGUCUGGAGGAGGAGUUUGCUAGUCUGCAGAGCGACAGUCCUCAGAACUUUGCAAUCGCUGCUCACAGGGACUAUAAUAAGGACAAGAAUCGCUUCAAAAAUAUCUUCCCCUUCGACAACGCCAGAGUGAAACUCUCAGCACUUAACAACAAGACAGGAUCUGACUAUAUCAACGCUAGUUACAUAUUGAACACAAACAACAAGGCGUACUUCAUCGCAGCUCAGGGUCCCAAGUCCAACACCACAGCGGACUUCUGGAGGAUGGUGUGGGAGCAGCGUGUCUAUGUGAUCAUAAUGCUCACCAACCUGGUUGAGAAGGGCAGGGAGAAGUGCUUCCAUUACUGGCCCAGGUCGAGCGAAUCUUUCAUCAAAGCUGGAAGUUUUACAAUUCGCAACCACACGGAGGAGGAGAGAUCCUUCUACAUCAUAAGGUUCCUGGAGAUAUCUGAGGGCAGCACGAAGAGGCUGGUAAAGCAGUACCACUUCACAGGUUGGCCAGACUUCGGUGCUCCACAACGAGAGGAAUAUCUUCUGGACUUCAUUGCAGAAAUUAAAAAUAGCAUGCCUACCAACGGCGACCACCUGCUGGUGCACUGCAGUGCUGGAGUGGGACGGACAGGCACCUUCAUUGGACUGUGGAACUUGAUAGACAUCGUUGACACUGACAACACAGCUCAGGUCAUCAAUGUUAAGAAGACAGUGUUGGACAUGAGGGAAUAUCGUCCACAUAUGGUCCAGGCUGCGGACCAGUACUUGUACCUGUUCAAGUGUAUUACUGCUUAUAUCGAGGCGCCUCACCUGUGGAACAUGGAUUAUGCAGGCGCUGACCACAUCUACGACAACACAGGUUAUGAUAACGAGGAACCCAUCUACGACAACAUCAAUUAACAUCAACAGAAAGUUGUGAACGGUACAAAAAUUCUUCUUGGGAAUCCAAUUAUUGUUGCUUUAGUAUACAUAUGUUUUCCAGUGUGUAUAUUGCAUUAGUAAAUGGUAAUUUAAAGGAUAUUUAGAGAAAUCUAUGUAUAUUCCAACACCAUUAUAUUGACACUAGUCAGUUUUCGAAAUGUCCCAGCAAUACCAAUACUCUUGGAGAAUUAGACAUGUGCAACAUCUGGGUAUGUUUAUUGUAGACGUUUCGCCAUCCACUAGAUUUAUCAAUACAAAUUCAAGGACAUACAGGGAAGACUGUAGAACUAUAUACAAAAGACCAGGUAAUCAGUCCCUCAGCCUUAGAACUGGUAAAGAACACCGUAGUUUUCAAGACUAUAACAAAGCCGCCGGAGGGCGAAACGUCUACUGAUAAAGAUACCCAUUGCACAUGUGUCUAACUAUUAACCUCGUCGGUAUUGUAUACCAUUCCUGUACAACCAUUACUCUUAUCUACGCUUGUACUAACCUUCCUUAAGAUAAUAGUUAAUCAUAUGUAAUACUGCAAUACUUGUGUUCUUUCUGCCUUGUCUGAGACUUUGUAACAUAUUAUAGCUUUAAAUUAUGCUAAAAUAUAUGUUUUGUUUACCAGUAUGAUGCCAGAUAAAGCCAGUCUGAGAAUAAUGAUCCAGAACGAUUCUGUAAAGGGUCUUUCUACAAAUUUCUACUAUGUAUCUGGAGGAUAUUUCAGGGGUCAACGCCCCCUAGGCGCAGCCCUUGACCAGGCCUGCUACUGUGUUGUCUGGGGCCGUCUUAUAACAAAGUCGGUAUUCUACGUAUGGGAUCAGUUUUGAUAUAUUCACUAAAAUAUUAUAGAAUACAUUUCUAAUAUUUUUUUUUUCUUUUACGCAAUUAUUUCUUAAAUCUGAACUAAAAAGAACUUACCCUUCUGCUCUGGCAACAAAGUUUUAUACGUAAUGGCAUUUGUAGACAUAAUGGCGAUGUAUGGCGAUGUAUGGCGAUGUAUGGCGAUGUAUGGCGAUGUAUGGCGAUGUAUGGCGAUGUAUGGCGAUGUAUGGCGAUGUAUAAAUGAGGAACAACUGGGAGAGGAUGUUAAAGAUUCGUCAUUUCUGUCACGGGUGGGUGUGAUGUGCCGGGUGGGUACGUCUCUUGUGUAAUUAGUUCAUAUUAUAUUUAGCUAACUUACAAAAAAAAAUCAAUAAAGAAAUACAAAAAAAAAUGAACAUUUUAAAGAAUGUUAAAACUGGUUCUUGUUUUAUACAUGUUAGUACUUUCGAAGAAUUCAGGAUAAUACAAAUUUAUUAUAGUCCAAGAAGAACUAUGUACUUAUUAUGUAUUGUAUAUAUGCUAUGUGAUGUGAUAUAUUUAUACCACAUAAUGUGGUACAUAUGUCUAAGCUCUAACAUAUUUUAUGUACCGUGUGAUGCAGUUUAUAAUAAGAUUAAAACCGAUUAUUAGAUGUCUAAAUUGGUCAGUGAGUGUGUGGAGUGGCACAGCUCCCCAAGUGACGCUUUACACCACUCAGCCUCAGCGUCACUUGGGGAGCUAUGUCACUCCACACACUCUUGUUUCUCCGUGGUGCACUGGAGGUGGGAAGUACAGUGUCUGCACUCUGAAGGAGGAGUGUUAAUGUUAAUGUUUUAUAACUGUAGUGUAGGUGCGCCAGUGAUGGAGUGAAUGAUGAUGAGAAUGUUUCUUCGGUUUUUGGUCACUCUGCCUCGGUGGGAGACAACCAACAUGUUAUUAAUAUAUAUAUUCACUGUAGUAUGUUUUACAUAUUUGCAGUCGCACGUUAUAUUGUGAUUUCUUAUAGUCGCUACCCAAGGACACAGGAUGGUGUGGAUGAUUCUAGGCUAAUUUCAUUCUAGUCCCUGUUUGGUGUACUAGUACAACGAGCAGUAUUUUAUAUUACUGUACCCACGAACAAGUGGUAUUGAUCAAUAACGAGUACAACAUUCAGUUCUGCUGGGUGCGCUACUCUUAAGGAUUGUAUGGUCCCGUGGAUUAAGACGUCAUGAGUUUUCGCCCACCAUGAGGCAGGCAAAAGCAGCAUGGGUUCGAGUCCUUGGCUAGUGCAGUGUUGUUAUUGAUCAAUACCACUUGUUCGUGGGCACACACACACC